GUCGGUGCAUGUAGCGAUAACGUGAUAAGACAACCAUCGUUUCUGCUUCAUUUGUUCGUCAAAAUGCAGAGUAACACAGAUUCCAGCACCAGUGGCACUUACAGCCAAACGGUCGGAUUGCUCUAUGUAUUUAAUUUGAUUGUCGGAACUGGUGCAUUGGCUCUCCCCAAAGCAUUUCAAACAGCUGGAUGGCUCCUCAGUAUCACUCUUCUUACAUUUUCCGCGUUCAUGAGUUAUGUUGCUGCAACAUUUGUCAUCGAAGCACUUUCCGUUGCCAAUGCAGUUCUCUCUAAGAAACGACGUGUUGAAUAUGAUGAUGUCGUUGUGGCCGAUGGACCAUCCACUUUUGAAAUUUCAAAGAAGGUUGAAGUGAGUGAGAUGGCGUCAAUGUUCUUGUCAAAAGUUUCGCUUGUGUUCUCCUACUUUGCCAUCAUUAUCUACUUGUUCGGUGAUCUUGCAAUUUACUCAACUACAGUUCCAAAAUCUGCAAUGAAUAUCGUUUGUGCCACGAUCAACGCUUCUACAGUUAAAUCUAGUGAUCCUUGCCACGAAUCUUGGCCAGAAAUAUUGACAAGAAUGACAGUGUAUCGCUUUUUUGUGAUAAUUUUUGUUGUCGUCGUGUGCCUUCCGAUGGUUAUCGCUGGAAUCACUAAAACUCGUCACAUUCAAAUUAUGACAACGCUUUCAAGAUGGGCGGCGUUUAUUCUCAUGAUUUCCCUAGCAACAAUGCAACUCUCUAGCGACGGAGCUGCUGCUCAUCCGCCUGCGUACAACUUCCACGGAUUUGGAUCACUUUUUGGAUGUGCCGUAUAUGCUUUCAUGUGUCAUCACAGUAUUCCGUCUCUUAUCACUCCAAUGAGAACCAAGGAUAACGUUUUCGGCAAGAUUGCACUUGUGUAUGGAGUUGUUGGGGUAUUCUACUUCACUCUUUCCCUUACUGGAGCUUUUGCUUUCGAGCAUGUUCAAGAUAUCUACACUCUCAACUUUUUCCAUGAUGGCAACACAUCAUUUAUCUACUCUAUCAUUGACUACUUCCUUGCCCUAUUCCCAAUCAUCACUCUCACUUCAAGCUACCCUAUUAUUGCACUCACAUUGAUCAAUAAUUUUAAUGUGGUCAAAGACAUUUUGUGUCCGAAAGUUGGGCAAGAGAACGAGUCCCUACUCGAGGCGGACAGUUUGGUUGAAGAUAACGAUACUGAUGAUGAGCGAGAAGCAAGAAACGCUAGAAAUGAGAAAUCGGUAUUCGAUGUGUUGGUUCCGGCUCUUGUGUUGGCACUUCCUACUUUUUUGAGUUUGCUCACAGACGAUAUGUUGCUCCUUGCUUCUAUUACCGGAAGUUUCCCAGGUGUCGCUGUUCAAUUUGCAAUUCCUUGCCUUCUCGUCACUGCUGCUCGCAAACAUGCCAGAUCUGUGCUUAACUUCCCGGUACCUCGCAAAAACAAUAGUCCAUUCCAAAGCCCUAUUUGGAUUGUGCUAAUCUCCUCCUGGGCCGGAUUCUCCAUGAUUAUGGUCCUCCUGAAUCUUGUUGGAGUCAAGUUCUGAUUCCAUUUUUAUACAUACUGACUCUCGUUUUAUGCACCCUUUUAUCAAUUUUCAACAUUACGGAUAUACUUGCUUAGUGUUUUCUAGUCGCAUUACCCACCCAUACCCCUUUGCAUUUAUUUCUUUUACUCACCUUAACUCAUCCGUACUUUGCCACUGGUCAUCUUUCAUUUCAGCGCCCAAAACAAUUAACAUUUCAUUUCUUUCUCAGACACUCGCAAUGCCCUCUAAAUUGUGCAAUUUCCCAACAUUCAAAAAUCAAACGUUUUGCAUUUAAUAACUUAAAAACCAACAUUUGCUGUUCGUGCCGCCUAGAACCUAGUCAAGUCACACCAUCCUUUCCCGCGUUUAUUUUUACUUCAAUUUCCGGUCAAUUUCACUAAACUGAUGUUUUAUGUGAUGAAAGUGUUACUUAUUAAAGGAUAACUUUUUUUU